CUAGUAUAUAAUGCAUUAUAUUUACAACAGUUGGUGACUUAUUUGUGAACUUAUAUUGCUGCGUGUGAAUAUGUUUUAAUAGAGAAAGGAAAACGUUGUACGGAUCGUUGAUUGCUAUUAUAUAUCAUGGAUGUAACCGUUUGCGUUUUCGUUCUACUUCCAUUAUUCAAUUUGUUCGCAAAGACAACAGGACAAGCGUUACCACAACAAAAUCCAGAACCUUUUAAUCCUUACAAUGCAUUCGUUCCGUUAAAUCAUCAGCCAGUCGGAAUUUCCUACGAAGCUCUUCAGUAUCCAUUACCGGGUGAACAUUAUCAAGUUAUACCACUUACGCUGAGCUCCGGUCGGAUACCUUUCAUACAUCAAACAGUUCAGUCUCCAAUACAGUACUUCAAUCCAAACAUAGAAACACAGCCAUCACCGAGUUACAAUCCUGUACCGCAAAACGUGCAACCGCGUACGGAAGAACGUCCACUGCAAUACAAUUCUAAUGAACUCGUGCAAAAUGGAAUACCGAACGAACGACAACAACCUUCGGCGCAUUACAGUUAUGGUUACACCAUCGAGGACAAUAACACUGGCGAUUUAAAAGACCAACAUGAAAUAAGAGAUGGCGACACUGUAUCAGGAAGAUACAGUCUGGUAGAGCCCGACGGAACCCGAAGAAUUGUAGAGUAUACGGCUUCGCCAAAAACCGGGUUUAAUGCGGUUGUCCGAAAAGAAAUAUACAAUCGAGAUAGAAUAACCAAUGUAAUUAAUAAACCAAUACCUUUAACACCUUUAGUCGUUCAAAGUGAAAAUAAAAAUGAAAAUGUUGAGCCGAAACAACAUCAUAUAAGAGAAAUAGUUCAACUACAAAAGUCGUUUAACGUAACAGACGACCAAGGAAACGGAACUGCGCCAAAAUCAUGAUAAGGUUCACGUGUAUCGCAAAGUUCACUGAUCACAAAAAGAGGAAGUUAGCUAUAGCUAAUUUUAAAAUAAUAUAUUUUUCUAUAAACUAUAUUGAAAAGCAAACUGGUAAUAGGACAUAAUUAAUAUAGUGUCAUUUCUAUGCAUAGAGAAUACUACAAAAACAUUCAUCGCAUGUUGUGAUAGUAAUAAUAGUUUACUUCUUAUGUUUGCACCAAGUUAAUAAAUUGAAAUGUUUUUUCCUAGUAAGAAUAGCUAUAUUUUUUUCGAAAGCAAAUGUCCACAUACUGUUACUAAUGAUAGCAAUAACCCACUGUAAUGUAAAGAAUUACUAUUACGUAAACACUUGUAUUGAUGAUAACGCGAUAGUUCCGACUUCAAUGUAAUGAGGGUUAAAUAGAAUAUCAUCAUAAUUAAGAUUCAAUGUAACCUAGUGAUAAGAUCAAUUUAUUUCAUACUUUAUUAAAAAAGUUGAAAAAUAAUACACUUAAGCUCGAAAAAUUUGUGGUAAUUGUAGUAGUAAUGUUUAUUUGUUACUUAAGUGAGCUAAAUUAUUCAGUUCAUAGAUAUUCUAUUAAAUAAAUUAUAUAGUCAAAAUUAGUUAUUAAUAAGACAAUUAAUUCUAAAUUUGAAGUUUAAAAAUGUAAUCGGUAUAAAAUUUUGUAACUAGUAUCAGAACUAUAAGCAACUAGACACAGUAUAUAAACUCUCAAAACACAAUGCUUGAAUUAUUUAA